GCCAGAAGCAGAAAGAAAACGAACGGGAAAAAGUAGAAGAGGAGGUCGAAAAUCAUACCUCCUGAUUGGCUUCUGCACAUCUCAGCUACUGUUUGACUCUAUCCUGGACCGGUCCUGCUCAGCUCUGACCCGGUUCUGGACGAGUUGGACGUGGCAGAAAAUGUGCACAUUUCCCUCUUCGAUCUAGUUGAGCUCUCCUGCCGCUUCAACACAGAGGAGGAGGAAGAGCCGAGUCUGGUUGAACGAUGGCCCAUUGCACCAGUCUCCAUUACGAGCCGGUGGCAGAAAUUGGCGGUGGUGCGUACGGGACCGUUUACAAAGCCCGGGACACCGAGAGCGGGAAGUUUGUGGCUCUGAAGAACGUCCGUGUCCAAACAGACCAAAAUGGCCUUCCUGUUUCCACGGUCAGAGAGGUAGCACUUUUGAGACGGCUCGAGCAGUUUGACCACCCCAACGUGGUCAGGCUUAUGGACGUCUGUGCCACCCAGAGGUCGGCUCAGGAAACCAAAGUCACUCUGGUGUUUGAGCAUGUGGAUCAAGACCUGAAGACAUACUUGGAGAGAGCUCCAGCUGCAGGGUUAUCUCCCAACCGCAUUAAAGAUCUGAUGAGGCAGCUGCUGUGUGGCCUGGCAUUUCUUCACUCUAACCAUGUGAUGCACAGAGACCUGAAACCGGAGAAUAUUCUGGUGACCAGUCAGGGUCAGGUGAAGCUGGCUGACUUUGGACUCGCCAAGGUCUACAGCUGCCACAUGGCUCUCACUCCUGUGGUAGUGACUCUGUGGUAUCGACCUCCUGAGGUUCUGCUGCAGUCCACAUAUGCUACUCCUGUGGACAUCUGGAGCACCGGCUGCAUCUUCAGUGAGAUGUUCCGAUGCAAACCGUUGUUUUGUGGAGAAUCAGAAAUGGACCAGCUUGGGAAGAUUUUUGAGGUCAUCGGACUGCCGCCGGAGGAGGACUGGCCGGCCGGUGUUACAGUAACAAGAAGGAACUUUGCCCCGGUCAAAGCUCGCCCAAUCACAGAUUUUGUUCCAGAGAUAGAUGAGCAGGGGUCCAAACUUUUGAUGCAAAUGCUGACGUUUGACCCUUUGAAGCGAAUAUCGGCCCUGAACGCACUUGAACAUCCAUAUUUCCACGACGAGGAGACGUCGACUCAGACAAAUAGUUGAAGUCAGGCGGUAGAGAACAGCAGCGGGAGCUAACGGUCUCUUAAGUUUAGGGUUUAAUUUUCUGCGUUGCCUUUUGAGUGUGGCCUUGGUUUGUUGCUCCUGCAGGAGGAACGAGGACCAAACGAUGCGGCCGGAGAGGAUGAACUUGUGGACCACAGUUAAUGCUGAACUUGUAAAUGUCACAAAUAACGUUACAGUAAUACAGCUAAAAGAACAGUACCGGUGUUUUUGAUGGUGAACAGGAAUGUUUCGUCUGAAAAUGCUGCUUUUGUUACUUCGCGGAGUCGCUGACGCGUGUUCGAUUGUACAUUUUACGAUGUGUGGAUGUUUAUCACGCAGAAAGCAAAGUAAGACACAGAAAUGAACACAUCUGUAUUUAAAUCAUGCAAAAUGAAUAGUAUGAAACCGUUACAAGAAAAGCACCUAGUACAAAAAUCCUGGUAUUGCCUUUGUAUUAUCUCACCAAAUAAAAGUAUU